UAUGGGCUCCGAUUCGCAAAUAUUACAAUUAUCACAGACGUGCCUAUAAACAUAUGGAAAUUCUCGAGGAAAAAUGGGAAGCAUUAGAAUGUCGAAAGGAGGCCAUAGAAUCACAAAUGAAUGCACAACCAGGAAAGAGCCCAAAAAUAGAAGUUAAAAAUUGGCUCCAAAAGGUAGAAAAAAUGAAAUCGGAGAUAGAAAACAUUAAACAAGAAGCUGACAAAAGGAUGUGUUUCUCACGUAUGAAACUAGGAAAACUUGCAUGUGAGAAGAGACAAAAGGUUGAAGAACUUCGUCAAGGAGGUGAUUUCAGUGAUGGUUUGGUAGUUGAUCCACCUGUAACUGUAAGCCAUGGAGAAAAAUUGUCAACUACAACAUUAGUGGGAGAAUCUACAGCCAAAAGAACAAAGGAAAAGAUUUGGCAACACUUACUAGAUGAAGAUUCUAGAAAGAUUGGUGUUUAUGGCAUGGGAGGCAUUGGAAAAACAACGAUCAUGAAACAAAUUAAUAAUGAUCUAUUAGAAGAGAAAAAGUUCGAUAACGUAAUUUGGGUGACUGUAUCAAAGCCAUUUAAUGUUAUCAAGCUUCAACAGGAUAUUGCAUGCAAGUUGAAUCUAGAUCUCUCAAAGUUUACGGAUGAAACUACAAGGGCAAGCAAGCUAAACAAUGCAUUGGAAGAUAAGAAAAGGUAUGUGCUAAUUCUAGAUGAUAUGUGGGAAGCAUUUCGUCUUGAGGAAAUAGGGAUUCCAGAGCCUACUCCAUCAAACGGAUGCAAAUUAGUAUUGACAACUCGAAAUAUUGAUGUUUGUAGAAAAAUGGAUUUUAAGAACAUUAAGAUGGAGCUUCUUUCAGGAGAUGAGUCAAGGAAUUUGUUUUUUGAUACAGUGGGGAGUAAUGUUUUGAAUGUUCAAGAUAUAAAACCAAUUGUGGAGGAAGUUGUUAAAGAAAGUGCUUGCUUGCCUCUUGCAAUCAUCACGAUAGCGGGAAGUUUAAAAGAUGUAGUUGAUGCUUCAGAGUGGGAGGACGCAUUGUAUAAGUUGAGGUCAACAAAAAAAAGUCCAUGAAAAUUUAGAUGCUGAAAUAGCUGAGAGGCUUCGAUUCAGUUAUGACCGCUUAAAAGAUGAGAAACUUCAACGUUGUCUCUUGUGUUGCGCGCUAUACCCGGAAGACUACGAGAUUAGCAGAGAUGAGUUGAUAGAGCAUUUGAUUGAUGAGAAAGUAAUAGAAAGUAUGAAGAAUAGGAAAGCAGAGUUUAAUAAUGGUCAUGCUAUGUUGAAUAAUCUUGAAAAUGCCUGCUUAUUAGAAGGUGGGUCUAAAGAUUUUAGAACCACUGAUAUUUUAGAAAAAAGGCGUUUUGUGAAGAUGCAUGAUCUAAUAAGAGACAUGGCCCUCCGGAUUGCAGAUGCUAAGUUCCUGGUAUCAGACUAUGUUCCAAAUGAAGAAGAAUGGGGGAAUGAUGUUGAAAAGGUUUCUUUGAUGUGCAAACGUGGUUCAAAAUUUCCUAAUGUGUCACCAAAAUGUCCUAAGCUGUCGACCUUGCUUCUACGAGGAUAUGUAAACAUCAUCCCAGAUUCAUUUUUUGUGCACUUGCAUGGACUCAGAGUUCUUCAUGUAGAUUGUCUUGAGUUUGAAUCUUUACCAAAUUCAGUCUCUGACUUGAAGCAUCUUACUUCAUUAAGGCUUAUUAAUAGUUUUCAUAUUAGGCGUGUGCCUUCAUUAGCAAAGCUUACAGCAUUAAGGAGUUUGGAUCUUUCGGGAGGAUCACUGGAAGAAAUACCUCAUGGUUUGGAAAUGUUGGUCAAUUUGAGAUACCUUAAUGUUGAUAGUUAUAACAUGAACCAUAAAAUGAUGCCACCAGGGAUUUUACCCAAACUCUGUCAACUCCAAGUCCUCAAAUUGCCUUUUUCUGGUUUAGAAGUUAAUGGAGAGAGGAGAUGGUAAGGUUGAAGAAAUUAGAGUGUUUUGAAGGCCAAUUUAAUGGCGUUAAAGGCUUCAAUACAUAUGUUGAAUCCUUAGAGGAGGGAGGACCUAGCCAUUACAUAUAUGCCGUGAAUAAAAAAAAGCCAGCUAGCCAGGUGGGAGUUGCCGAGUUUGGCGAAAGUGUAAUUUUAAGUGACUGCAAUAUAUGUCUACUCCCAAAAGACGUUCGUGCCCUAAUAAUUUGCGAAGGUCAACGUGGCAGUGUGUCUUCGGACCACUGGAAAAAGACUGUUUGGUUUAAUAAGGGGUGUGAAGAAAUAGAAUACCUUAAUUCUUAUUUUUACACCUUUUCUCUUCAAAGCCUUGAGAUUCUACUUCUCUACGAAUUGAAUAAUUUAAAGGGACUGUUUAGAGAAGAGAAAGUCGCACCAGCACCGGUCGUCCCCCUCGGCACCUUUUCCCGCCUCAAACAAUUUUCAAUAUGUGAUUGUCCGAAUAUAAAGAAGCUCUUCACGCCUGGAUCGUCGAUGCAAAACCUGGAACAGAUUAAGGUCUAUGGCUGUGAACAAUUAGAGGGAAUAAUAGGUGGGGCUGAAGCAUCUGAUGAUGAAGUUGAAGAAGAAGAAGCAGAAAAAAUUGUGGAAAUAUUCCCCCAAUUGAGGAAAUUGACAUUACAGUAUUUACUGGAGCUGAAGACCAUAUGCAGUUGCAGUAAUGUAAUACUUUGUGAUUCUCUCGAUUUUAUUAUGAUAGAGGAUUGUCCGAAGCUUAAUAGAUUACCUCUUUCUCUGCACCUUAUUGAUGGAGAACUAUCUUCUCCUCCUCCUUCAUUACAAAUCUAUAUAGAGAAAGAAAGGUGGGAAUUGCUGGAAUGGGACAAUCAUGAUAUGAAGAUGGUCCUUGAACCUCUCUGUCAGUUCAUUUAAUGGUGGCAGUGAAAUCUCAAGGUGGGGGGAGCAGAUAAUUCACAUGACUCUUCCUCUGAUACGUCAUCAAGCCAAAGCCGACUCAAGAAAUAAUUGUGUGGCAUGGUCCGCGUGGACCCGCAACUAGAUCUUGGCUCUCAAAUGUGUUUCCGUGUAAUUCUUAGCUCUUUUGGUUCUGAUUUGCUUUUUAUUUGAACUUUGUUGUGUUAUGAUUUAUGAACAUGUGUUCUUCUCUUUGGCUGAGUGGGAUGAUCUUCUGUAAUAAAUUGAUACUUCAUGUUAAUUUGUUUAGUAAUUGUGAAAGGAUUCAAACAUUGUCUGUUUCUGCUUUAGAGAUAAUGUGAACUAGAUAAACUGUGA